AUGGCGGACCCCAAGCGCAAGGCGUAUCGGACCAGAUCUGGCUUUGGCGACAAUGCGCCUCCGGGUGCCAUGUCAUUCCCUAGCAAAGCGAACUUUACUGCUGUCGAGCUACUCACAUUCUUUCCGAACACCAUCUAUCGCGCCGACGUUAUAUAUCGGAUGAUCUCGAACAGUGGCACACGAAAGUCCAUCUGGGCGAUUGUCAAUAGUCAUCGUGAUCUGGAAAACGAAUGGAGCGCCAAUUGUUGCGGAGAGGCCAUGUAUAAGACGAUGCAGAAGGCAGGCUACACACACUGGACCAUCAAGAAACACGACCAAUGGCAUGCCCGUAGAACAACUUCGUGGGACAGAAGUAGUCUGGCGAUGGACAACCUUCAGACAGCGCAGAGAGUGACGGCGAAGGAUGUGCUGUUCGAAGACCUUGCUGCAGACGUAAGGAUGAUGCCAGAAGGAGACGAUGCACUGGAUCUAACAAGAAUGGUGCAAUACUGUGUGCAGAACUCUGAAGGUGGGUGGAGGUACCCAGUAGAUUACGAAGAGCUGCUGGAGCUGCUGGGAGGUCCGGCUAAGGUGCGAGGUGAGAACAGUGAUGAAAUGGUUUUCAGAAGAUGGGAGAACAAAAGACCACCGCCACCCUUACCAAGGCCCGCACUGUCGCUACAAGGGACCGGACUGCCUGAUGCACGGAAGGCGCUGAAGGGGAACAGUCUGGAUAAAAGGAGAUCAGUUACAAGAACGAGGUUGGGAAGCGUGUCACUGAAGGCAGGUCCCUUGUACAAACGCAGGACCGUGAGAGAAGAGAGUGCACAAACGGGACCAGAAGAUGCAGCGGAUAUGGAGGUUGUCGAUGUGUCAGAAACAGACGGGAGAUACGGCACGCCCUAUGUGCGACAGCCAGCUGAAUACGUGCCACCGACACCCUGCAUAGUGAGAGCUCCAGCGGCAUCGACUCUUGCGCAGGUCUUCCAAGCUGAAGGCGCUGUUGGAGAGUUUGACUCCUACAACGCGUACGCUUUCGGAGGUCCUCGCCUCACCCCGCCAUAUCGCUCCCUCGGUCAGAUCACACAACCUCACCCGUGGGACAUCAGCGGAUGGGCAGAGAACCUGAGGUGGGCAUUUGAGCAGCGGAUCCUGUUCGCUCUGAGCUCCCCAGAAGCUUCCACGUGGAACGAGAGUCCGGAACACAUGGCCUGUAUCGAGCGCGCGCGGACGCAGCGUAUCUGGGCGUCAGAUGAGCUGCUCGAGCAGAUAUUGGAGAGUAAUUAG